AUGGAUUGGGAUCUUAAAUACGGCGAACUGUCUAACGAUAAAGAUUUCGUUAACAAUUGCGAGACGUUAAAGGAAAAUUUGCAGGAAGUACAACAAGUAUUAGACCAAUUAUUGCCGCUUAAAGAGCAAUAUGACAAGCUAACGUUGCCUGCGCAAAUUGAGCUUGAUUUGUUCCUGGCCUUCACCUUGAAUUCUCUACAGUGGAUAAAUUUACGAAUACAAGGAGUGGAUCCUACGAAACAUCCUAUCAAAGAUGAGCUUCAACGGAUAAAACUUGUGAUGAUGAAGUGGCAGGAAGUUAAAGAUCUCGAGAAAAGACCAACAGUCGACGUAGAAGCCGCCAAAAGAUUCAUUAAAAGUGGCCUAUAUGACCCAUAUAGAGCCACAGGACAGCCGCAGAAUAAAAAGACAAAAUUUCCUGAAAACGCUGAGUAA